AUGCCGGGCUCCCCCGGCCGGGUGUACUGCUUCAACAAGUACCCCUUUUCGCGGACGGCGCCCGGGCCGAUGGUCCCAUUCCCGGGCCUGGUGACCAACCUGUCCAUCCGUUUUACCUCCAUGGCUGCCGUCGGGCCGUCGUGCAUCUUGCUAAAUGAGGACAACACUUCGCGGGUGUACAUCUCCGGCGAGAGCCUGGUUGCCCUCUUCGACGAUGUCUCCCCCCCGCGCAUGGACCCCCACAUCCUGAGCAUCGUGGAUGGUUUGUUGCACCUCCGCCGGGCGGCUUCCAACUCGGGGAGCAUCAUACAAGACACCCUUGGCCUGGAUCGCAUCUCGAUGCUGGCGGCCACCGACCUGGACGCCGAUGGCCUGGUGGACGCGGUCAUUGUGGCCCCCUCGGAUGUCCUCAAUCCGCACGGGACCCAGUCGCUCUUCUGGAUGUCCAGCGUGCGCCUGGGCACUGGCCAGGCUCCCCCAAUGGCCAACACGUCGCUGCUGUACCGGCUGCCGGCCGGCUUCCGCGCCGGGCACAUCAUCGUGGGGGACUUCGACGGCGACGGCCGUGCCUCGGACGUGGCCGUGGUGUCCGGCACCGGGUCCACCGUCCCGGAGCAGGUGAUCCUCCUGCUGACGUCGGACCUGGCGGCCCCGGUGCACCUGCUGCUGGCCGACAUGGUCGUUGAUGAUUUGGCCAUGGCCUCGGUGGCCGUGGACCAGCGGCAGCCGAAGAUCGCCCGCGCGCCCGGGCUCGCGGCCCCGGGCCAUGACAGCCUGCUGGUGGCCCACGGCAGCCGGGUGUGGCUGGUGCCGGGGCCGGUGCGGCCGGUCGGCGGCCGGCCAUCGGACCUCGGCCUGCUGGAGGCCCACGGGGCCGGCCUGUUGCCGGACUUCCCCACCCACUCGGACGUCUGGUGGUCGGUGGCCACCGGGGACUUCGACGGGGAUGGCCAUCUGGACGUGGCCCUGGCCCACGGGUCCAUGGGCGGCAAGGUGCUGCUCCUGUCGCAGGUGGCCGCCUCGCCGAACUGCCUGUGCGGCCCGGGCGCCCGCUGCCUCCAUGAGGGCUUCUUCGACCAGCCCACCUGCCAGUGUCUGGACCCGAAUGCGGACCCGGGCACGGACUUCGCCCCGUGCGAGUUCUGCCGGCCGGGCUUCUUCCGGGCAUCCGCCGCCUCCCUCUGCCAGGCGUGCCAUGCCUCGUGUGCCUCAUGCACCGGCCCGACGGCCGGCGACUGUCGGUCAUGCCCGCAGGGCGUGCUCCUGCAGGGAGGCGCUUGCGUGGUGUCGCCCACCGCGCCGGUGACCGUCACGCGCGCGCCGCCCGGCACACAGGCCUUCUACGAGGCCACCCCGGCCGGGGGGUUCCCCAUUCCCGGGAGCGGAUUCACUUCGGCCCGUGCAUUCUGGCUGGCUGCCCCAUUCCAACUGGGCGUCGACACGGCGGAGGCCCACAUGCGCAUCCGGAUAAGCUUCAUGACCAACCCCUCGCCGGAGGGCGUGAGCUUCUUCAGCAUGUGGUCGUCCACCGGGAUGGUGGCCUUCCAGGAUACCCCUCUGCAAGGGGGCCUGAAGGCGGUGGACCAUGUCAUGACCAACCUCCACUCGCAGCCGCUGGCCAAGUACAAUCAAAAGAUCCCGCUGGUUCUGAAUGGCGCCAAUGCGAUGACCUGCGUCCGGAGCAAUCUGGCCGGGCUGUGCCAGCGGAUCCAACAAAAUGACGGGAUGAGUGUCGAUCAUUUGACGGUGGGCCGUUUGGUCGGCGAGCCCGGGCCGGAUGCCGUCAUGCGCGUGUACAAUGGCCCGAGCUUCGGCAACCGGCAAAUCAGCAACUCCACCUUCACCGCGGUGCACUGGGCCGCGGUGGACAAUGACUUCGGCAUCGAGACGAUGGUCCUGCUGAAUGACGUGACCCCGGGCGGCUGGAGCCCCGGCCAGCCGAAUGCCCGGUGCGAGCUGCUGUGGUUCCCCUUCCAGGCAUUCGACGUGGAUCCGGUGGGUGCCUUGCCGGCGGAGGUUCUGCUGGCGGAUGUCCCCUGUGGCCGGCUGAUUCCGGUGCUGUCGGGCCCGGGGGCCGGGCCGCGCCCGGGUUUCCUGCUGGUGCCUUUCAUGCCGGAUCCCAGCACCGGGGCAGUGGUGCUGCUCCUGCGGAAUGUGGCCACCGGGGCGCGCUUCCGGCCGGACUUCCCGGCCCCGGUGCCCAUCCUCACGGCCGGGGACCUGGGCUACACGACCAGCACGCCGGGGCUUGGGCGGCUGGAGGCCGUGGCCGACCCGCUGGUCAUGGCCCCCGGCCGGGCGCGGCUCUUCCUGCGGACCGGCAUCUGGUUGCACCUGGUGGAUGUGCGCUUCGAUGAGGAGUCGGUCCUGGGCGAUGGUCGGCCCGGUCAUGGGGUGGUUGUCACCCACCAGCCGGCGGUUCCGCGGCAUUCCUUCGACCGCUUUGCCGGCGGCCCGGUGACCAUGGUGGCGGUGAAUGUCCAGGAGACCGGCCACUCGGCCCUGGCGCUCUUCAGCCACCUUACCCACUCGGGGGCGGUCUUCCGCCAGGGUGGCGCGGAGAAUGGCUGCGGCUGCGGGCUCCUAGGGCGCUGCGUGUGGCAGGACAACUGGCUCGAGGGGUCCAUCUGCCGGCUGGGCUUCCCGGGCCCGGGGGCGGCCACGGCCGACAGCCAGCCCGAAUGCGUGCCCCAAGCCACCGGCCUCCUGGUGCGGGAUCUGUGUCAGUGCCUGGAUGGGAGCCCGGUCGAUGAGAACCACCCCUCCGGGGAUCUGUGCGGCGGGUGUGGCCCGGGCUCCGGCGGGUCGGAUCCGCCGAUCCAAGUGACCGGCCUGGCGGCCGAGCGGGCCGAGCGGGCCGGUCGGCCGCCAGGCCACCCGAGCCAGCCGGAGCGCCGGGUAGCCGCCCCGGACGCUGGGCCGUCGCCCGACUGGCCCGGGCCAGCCGCCCGGUCCCAGUCGGCCACCUGUGCCGCCUGCUCGGUGGAGGGUUGCCUGGUGUGCCAGGGUGUCCAGUGCAUGGAGUGCCACUUGGGGCUGGUGCUGACGGAGUCCGGCCGGUGUGCUGGCCGGUGCGAUGUGGCCGAUGCGCCGGUUGUGGACCGGCGCAAGUGCGACGCGCGCGGCCCGGCGGACACAUGGAUCCCGGCGCAGCAUGUCCCCCUGCACCCGGCGUGGGCCGGCAUGGAGGCCCUGCAAAUAUCGCGGCUGCGAGUGGCCCACUCGUCCGAGGGCGAUGCGCUGCCGCUGCUGUCUUCGGCCAACUUCCUGCACCUGGGCUACACCCGGGCGGAGGACGGCCAGCGGGAGCACUGGAUGGUGUCGGUGGGGCAGCUGCUGCAGGAUGGUCGGCCGGCCGAGCCGCGUGCUGUGCGGCCCUCCGAGGCUCUGGCCUUCAUGCGCAUCUAUUGCGACGGCGCCGCCGCCGGUGGGAGCCAGGCUGCCGGGGUGGCCGCCGUCGGCUUGGCGGCAGCCUCGCGCACACGGGCCACCGGUCUCCCGCCGGGCCGCCCCCUGUUGUUGCCCUGGGGCCGCCCCUCCGACCGGCCUGCCAUCGGGCAUUCGGCCGGCCGGUCGACCGUGCAGGCUGGCGCCACGGCCACCGGCGCCGGUCGCCCGGUCACCUGGGACACCGUGCCGGUGGAGCAUAUUUCGGCCUUCUCGCAGGCCGUGAAUCUGCCCUGGCUCGGUGGGCUGACGGCCGAGCCGCCAGCCGGCGAGGCCAUCCGGCCUCCCGGCACGGGGUCCUUCCCGCCGGGGCUGGCCAAGCAGGCCGUCAGCCAUGUGUCCGGCGUCACCCCCUUCCUGCUGGCCGUGGAGGCCGGGCCGCCAUCGGCCCUCGGGGCAACACAUCCUGUGUCAGUUUGCACGAUCACCGGCCAGCCGAUUGGCGCCCAGUCGCACAUUCUGGUCUCCCGACACUCGGGGCUCGACCUGUCGGAUGCGCCGGUGGACAUGAUGAGCACCUGCCUCGUGGCCACCCUGGCGAUGCCCUACCCGGCGGAGGAGGUCUUCCUGGAGCCGGCGGCCCUGGCCGCGGGGCUCGGCCUCCUGGCCAUGGGAUUUGUGCGCGUGCCGCCGGCCGCACUGCCGGGCACCCGGCAGGACAUCCACCUGCUAAUGGUCGAGGGCAUGCCCUUGCUGGACAGGAGCCCGCUGCAGGGGUGUGAAUACGUGCUGGUCGAGGCGUCACCCCGGGGCCCGGGCUCGUUGCCGCAUUACCAACAGACCUCCAAUAUGGCCAACCUAACGGGCAUGGGGCAGAUGCUGCAGCUGGCAUCCAUACGGGACCUGAUCCCCUGGCAUCCGGUCGAGCAGCCGGGGCUUCUCUGGAUGCAGGACGCCAAGUCGUGCAUCUGGCCAUUGGACCCGGGCGAUCGGCACAUCACCAACGUCGUCCUGUCCUUGUCGCUGGUCGAUUUCGCGAGUCAGGCCGUCCUCCUCCGGGCCGAUGGGCUGCCGGACAGCAUUGUCCUGGUGGACCUGGAGUGCAUCCGGCUGAAUGUGUGCCAGCAGUUUUCGGACCCCUCGGCCGGCAGCGGCAGCGGCAGCGCCAGGACCACCGACGCCGCGGGCCCCGGCGGCUCUGUCACCGGGCAAGGCAGCGACAGCAGCCACGGCAGCCACGGCAGCGCGACUCGCAAUGGCUAUGGCUGCCCGAUGAGCGUGAUGGAGAGCGACCCCAUCACCGGCGACGUGCAGCUGCAGACGCAUGACGUCGAUGCCGAUGGGCUGAUGGAUUAUGUCCUGGUCCAUCGGGACACCGGCCGGGUGGUGUUCUUCCUGGCCCAGAUCGGCGCCCGGGGGGCCUUCCGUCGGGUGGUCGUCCUCCCGGGCCGGAUGGCGGCCGCCACCGGUGGCAGCCUCCCCCCGCCGCCGGACAUCCUGGUGGCUGAUGUCGACCAGGAUGGCCACAUGGACGUGGUGGUGGUGGACCGGUCGGCCGACGGCCGCGAGGCCAGCCUCACGGUGUACGGCCGGGCCGACCAGACCGAGGCCUGGUGCCCGCCCGGGGUGGAGUUCGACCCGGUGGCCGGUCGGUGCGUCUGCCCCGGGGCCGGGCGCUUCAUCAACCCGGCGACCGGCAAGUGCCAGUGCGUUGAGCACGCGGUGCCGGCCGGGCCGGGCGCCGUGGACUGCAUUUGCCCGGCCGGCAUGCAGGCCGCCCUGUCGGCGUGCGUCUGCCAGCCGGGGCUGCUCCCGGUCGCCGAUGAGGCCACCAGCAGGGCCAUCUCGCCGCCCCGGUGCGAGGCCUGCCAUGGCAGCUGUGCCACCUGCUCGGCCACCCGGCCGGGGCUGUGCGCCGGCUGCCCGGCCGGGCGCCUGCUCCAGGCCGGCGCCUGCGUGGCCGCCUGCAGCCCGGGCUUCGGGCCCUCGGCCGACGGGCGCCGCACCCCGCUGGGCGGGUCGUGCGCCGAGUGCGACGAGUCCUGCACCGCGUGCACCGGGCCCGGCUCGGGCCAAUGCACCGCGUGUGCCCCGACCGCGCCGCAGCUCUGGGGCGGGGCCUGCCUGGGGGUCUGCCCGGGGGGCACCUUCCCGGAGACGGGCAGCAGCAUGUCGCUGGACACGUGCCUGCCCUGCGCGCCCUACUGCCUGGGGUGUGGUGGCCCGACCGGGGCCCAGUGCACCCGGUGCAUCGAGGGCCUGGUCCUGCACCCGGUGCAUGGGUGUGUCUCGUCCUGUGGCCGGGGGAUGGUGCUGCUGGGCAACCAGUGCGUCGCCUGCAGCCCCGAGUGCCGGCACUGCGAGGGAUCUCCCGAGCACUGCACUCAGUGCCCGGAGGGCAUGCUCCUUGGGACCACGGCCGGGACCUGCGUGCCGAGCUGUGGUCAGCAGGAGUUCGCCGACCUGGCGACCCCCUCGCUGGCGCGGUGUGUGGCCUGCCACGCGGACUGCGUCUCUUGUGAGCGCGGCCCCGGGUCGGAGCACUGCACCGUCUGCCGGCCGGAGCUGGCUUUCUUGGACCUGAAGCCGGAGAAUGUGUUUGUCCGGCCGGACCCGGCGGACCCGUCACGCCUGCAGCCGGUCAUCGGGGACUUCGGCGUGGCCCUGGUGCUGAACCGGUUCUCGGUGAUCCCGACGCUGGGGGACGUGGCGGCCGGCAGCCUGCCGUACGCCCCGCCGGAGACGCUGGCCCGGCUGCACGGGCUGCCCUUCGCCCUGGCCCCGCCGGACAGCAGCGUGGUGUCCCUGCUGAAGGUGGACAUCUACUCGCUGGGGGUGCUGCUCUUCAGCCUGGUGGCCGCGGCUCGGCCCUGGUCCGACGCCCCGCAAGCGGACAUCCUGCGCGCGGUACUGGACGGCAAGCGGCCGGAUGUGGCCCCGGGCACCGGGGCCCCGGUGUGGCUGACCGAUGCGGCCAGCGCCGCGCCCUGGCUGGCGGCCUUCCAGCAGGCCUACCGGCAGGCGUGGGCGGCGGACCCGCGCGAGCGCCCGGGCGCCGCGGCCCUGGCCGCCACGCUGGCCGCCCUGGCUGCAUCCUCCUGA